AGCGUGCAAGAAUGGAUGGGAGUUCAACACGAGCCAGUAUGAGACGACCAUCAUCAUGGACGUACGUAUAAUUGCUGUUACAAUGAGUGGAAACUUGUCUGUGAGGAUGGGGACGCGACCAACAUCAUGACGUCGGUCUAUUUCGGCGGCUUCAUGGCGGGCUCUUUUAUUUUCGGCGUCAUAUCCGAUUGGUGGGGGCGUAAAAAAUCGCUGAUGCUGGCAAUGGUGGUGUGGUUUCUAGGCGCCCUGGCCACGCCCUUCACAGGCGCCACCUGGCAUUACUACAUUGUGCGAUUUAUCACUGGAACGGGGCAGCUGGGUCGCUGGAUCCCUGCAUACGUUCUGGUGAAUGAGUUCGUAUCAGCCAAAUGGCGCACUGUGGCCGGGGUAUUCAUAGGAGUGUCUUUUUCGCUGGGAUAUAUGACUGUCGGCCUCGUUGCCAUGGCAAUACGAAAAUGGCGAGUACUGGCCUUCAUACCCAUCGUUCCGCUUUUCCUCAGCGUGUUCCUGGUGAUAUUCCUGUCCGAAUCCGUCCGAUGGCUCCUGUCCAAGGGCCGAGUGCAGGAAGCCGAGGAGGUCAUCAGAAAAGUGGCCAGGUGGAACAAGAAGACCCUGCCGGAGAAGAUCUUUGACGAGAAGGAGAUCGAAAGCUACAAGUCCUCUAAGGGACACGUGCCCUCAUUCACUGAUCUGUAUCGAACCCCCAACUUGUGUUUCAGGACCCUCAUAUUGCAGUUCAACUGGAUGACGAAUAGCAUGGUGUACUACGGCCUGGCCUUCAGCACGCAGUCGUUUGGCUUCGACCAGUACUGGACCUUCUUCCUCUUCGGAGCAAUCGAGAUCCCCAGCGUGAUCUACGCCACCAUCAGCGCGCGCUUCUUCGGCCGCAAGAUCAACAUGGUCGUCCUGGAGCUGAUAGGGGGCGCUGCCUGCGUAGCCACAAUUUUCAUAGAAGAUGCAGUUGCAAGAACGGUAGUAGCCAUGGUGGGUAAAUUCUGCAUAACGGCCACAUUCGACCUCGUCUACCUGUGGACAGGUGAGCUCUGCCCUACACCAGUCCGGACCGUUGCGAUUGGGCUGUGCUCCAUGACUGCCCGGGUGGGCAGCAUCGUUGCCCCGCUCAUCCUGAACUUGGCCAAGGACGAGAACAUCACCGACGACCUUCACCUGAUCGUCUUCGGCACAGUGGCGUUGAUAGCGGGCCUGCUACUCAUCCCACUGCCGGAAACCAAAGGCGAGAAGCUCCCGGAGACUAUGCGAGAUGGGGAGGAGUUUGGCAAGUUUAAAUUCAUGAAAAAAUGGGCAUGGGGUCGCAACCGCUAUCACGACACCGACUCGUUAGUUGAGGAGGUAGACAUGGAGGUGUAUCGGCGAGACGUCCUUAACCCUGCCUUUGUGCCUGACGCCGAUGACUACGCUUACACUGCCCGACCUCUCCCACCUUACGAGGAAGUGAACGACAAAGCCUGCCAAUGCCCGGAGAAACCAAGGCAGAAGAAGAAGAAAGCAAUGGAGGAGAAUGGCCUCAUGCCCGGGCCAGGGAUUUCACUGCCCGGUGUGGAAACCGUGCUUAUAGUUGGUGACAAACCAGGUGAAGAAGAGGGUGACAAUGGGGCUGACGAUAGUGCCAGCGGCAGUGGUGGUGAUGUUUUUGGUAUUAAUAUGGAGGAUGGUGCUGAGGUUAGAAGCAGUGGUGAUGUUACUUCUAGAUGUGAAAAUGGUGAAGAGAUUGGUGACAGUGGUGAAAAGGCUGGUGAUGGUGGGAAAGGGGCUUCUGAUCGUUGCAUUGAUGAUGGUGGUGAUGAUGCUAAUGACGAAGGUGAUCAAACUAAAAGAAGCCAAGAUCACUCAGACGGUGGCGAAAGGUGAACAAUAGUGGUGACAAGGGCAGUAGUUACAGUGCUGAGAAGGGUCAUGGUGCUGAUGAUGACAAGACUAGUGGCUCUGGUGGGGAUUCAAGCGACUCUGGAAGUGGGACCAGUGCAGAUUAGCAGUAGUGUAAUGUUGAAAGUUAUAAAAAUGUCCAUCUCCAAACUACAACGUUUUCCGCUUUAAUCUGAACAAUUUUUUUUUUCAAAUCGAAGGCAAUCAUGCCGUGAGGCUGGAUCCACCUUUUUAAAAAUUAUUCUUCAAAUCUUUUGUUCCUUUGGGCCGCCAGUGGUAAAACGGCGAGCUCUGACAUAUAAAGUGCCUGGAAAAGCAUACAGAGUGUGCGAUGAGAGUGGUGAGACGAGUUCAUAGGUUAGCAGCAGGAAAUUGACUUUAUAUGCAAAGUAAACAUGGUUUCGGUGAGUGACAUGUGCAUAAUAAUGCAAGUGGCUGGUACUCUAGAGGUGACUUGUUUUGGGCUCGGCAGUUAAGUAAAUUAGCCCAACUACCUACGUUAUCAUUGGCGGAAUGUCGCUCGGGUAAGCCUAUAUUGUCGUUUGACGGUCGGGGAUUAAGGGACUUGGUGAAAACUUCUUUCCUUCUUGAACUAACUGGUACGUAUGACUUAUAAGUCAUACGUACGAGAUAUAAGUCGUACGUGCGAUAUGUAACCCGUACGUAUGGGUUGUGAUUUAAAUGUCGUACGUACGACUUAAAAGUCAUACGUACCGGUACGAGUUAGCUCGAGGCGAAAGAAUGUUGUUUUUCAUAAUGUCCCUGUUACAGCUUCGUAGGGGUAGAUGCAUUUGAAUCGUAAAAACCAUAAGGUUUAAAGCUUUUCGUUUUGUUUUAGGAAAUAUGAUUAUGUGUUUCAUAACGCGUUCUAUUUUAAAAUUAAUUAGAUUAGAGUAGACGUUCAGUUUUUGUUUUUUCUUAAACUUUUUCCCCAAGAAAACAUGCUCCAAUUUUUGGACUAUCAUUCUGCUUCGUAUAAAAUGUGGAGAAGCAAUAAAUUAACUGGAUAAUGGUAACAUUUUAAUAUUUCAUUUAAAAUGUCACUGUUUUAUUUGUAGUUGAAAAAGGCUUCAAAAGUCAGAAAAUCAGCAAAAGAAGAGAGCAAUGAAAACUAACGAAAUAGCAAGGUACAAAAGUUUGGUUGAGUUAUCAGUUUGGGGUAAAGAACAGUUAAUACGCCACCUUUGUAAGGGAAUGUUAAUUUAGUAAUCCUCAACCGUUACAUAUCUGAUUCUCAUUGCAGUGCUGUAAUAGGUCACC